AUGAACUCCGAGCGAUUUAUUCACCUGAUGUCAACUGCGUCGUAUGUAACUGACCGAAAGAUUGCAGCAAUCAAAUCCGAGAUUCGUCAAGACGAGACCAUGCAAACGCUUCAUGAACAGAUCGAGAAAGGUUGGCCUGAGCAUCGAACGUUCGUCCCACCAGAAAUAGGAACAUAUUUUCCUUAUCGUCACGAUCUCACCACCCAAGAUGAUAUCAUAUACAAAGCCCAUAACAUCCUAAUCCCUCCGAAAUUACGAGCAGAAAGCCUCACCAAACUACAUCAUUCCCAUCAAGGCAUCGAGAAAACCAAACGACUUGCUCGAGAGACUAUCUUUUGGCCUGGAAUGAGCACGCAAAUUGAGAAACAUGUAUCAAACUGCGAAGCAUGCCAGACGAAUGCUAAUGCUAACCCACGAGAACCUCUCAAACCACACACAAUCCCUAAUCGUCCGUGGUAG